AUGGAGUUUCUUCCACCUGGUGUUGGGUUCUUUCCUUCCGACGAGCUAACUGUUGGCUACUUCCUUGCCAACAAGAACAACCCUGAGCUUCAGGCUUUCAAUGGCUGUCAAAUGAUUCCAGAGCUGAACGUAUAUCGGUACGACCCGUACGAAAUGCUUUUAGCUCCGUCUUUUUCCUUAGAGCAUCGGAGCCAUUUUUAUUGCUUUGCUCCAAAAGUUGAGGACGAAAUAACUGUCAGGCACUGCGUGAGUGGCUUUUGGAAGAAAAUAGGAAAUGUUCGAGACAUUAGGGUCGGAGCUGAUAAUGUUGCUUUGGGGAAGAAGUCCCUUUUUGUUUUCUUUUUUGGGAAUUCUGUUCAUAAGGCUGUCAAAACUAAUUGGAUUAUGUAUGAAUAUGCCUUGGCGGACACUCCUCGGGCUCCUUUUGUUGUCUGCCGCAUUUUUGAACGCCCACAAGGAAUGGAUCUGGAGGCCGAGUUCGGGCCAUUUAAUGAAGUUGAUGUCAUGAUGAAUGACGUCAAUCCGAAUUCUGAGAGGGAUGCUGCUGCUUCGAGGAUGAAUGAAGGGGGCGAUGCUGCUGGGCCCAGCAACCAGAAUGAGAAGUGUGUUACUCUUAUCAUCAACAUUACAUUGUACCUGGCUGAUGCGACUACAGUACAACUCGAUCGUGCUAUAAUUGAUGGAGAUUUUCUUGAGUUGGCUGAUCUUUAUUAG